AUGGAUCACAAUAUCCUUUACAAUUUGGAAAAGGAUAGUCUUUUAUUGAUUCUGGAUACCAUUCCAAAAGAACAACAUGAAGAUUUCCUCAUUUCACUAGGAAAAUUGGAAAUCAAGGAUCAAAUUGUUCAGGUUCUAUAUGAAAAGAGUUGGACUCUUUUCAUGAAAGCUCUCAUUUCGGAAUACUCAACUGCUAACUCACAAAAGCAUAGAAGAUUCCUUCGCCUAAUUCAUAGAUCUACCAACUCUGAUUGUGAUCUUUUCUACUACCUCCAUUUUGAAAUUGUUAACCAAUGGUUUGAUGAUGCAUAUUCAAAAGGAUAUGUACCUGAUAGAAAUGAAGCGCUUGAAGAAGAUGCAAUCACAUUUGUGAAUCAAAUUAAAAACAAUAAAGUACCACAAACAUUUAAGGAAUUAGAAGCCUCCUAUAUUUUCAGAACGCUGUGGAAUGAUGAAUCCAUUGGUCAACAUGUCACUUUCAAAGAGGAUAUGGAUUUUACAGACAAAGUUGUCGAUUACUUCCAUCUCUACUUUAAUGCAUGGUUUAAUGUGAUAGAAGAGCUAUGCACUGGUACACUUCCAGUCUCAAUGGUUGAGAAUCUCUUUAAUCCGUACAUUUAUUCAUUGACACAUGGAUUACAACUAAAAAUGAAUACCAUGGAUGAGCCAGAGGUUAGAAAGGAGAUCGAAUCUCUGAAGAAGAAUAUUGAUCUCGAGCAGACUAUAUCGAAGGAAAUCGAACUCUAUAUGAAGAUCCAUCCUGGAAAAACCUUUGAAUGGCAGACUGUAUUCAAGAAAGUUCACAAUUGUAUUUUGGCUUUGAUCAUGGCCGAUGAUAUAAAUGGAAUACAUAGCCUCCUUCUUCAUCUCAAAGUAUCACAAGAUAUGGAUUCUAGCAUUGUUGACUUUUGUACAGUCUUGGGAGAUGAUAACAAGAAAAAGACAACCAUGUACAACAAGCUUGAUCAGUCAUACACAACUCUUAUGAACAAACAUCCAGAUUUCAAUCAAAUCAUACUUAGAUUCCCUUCAUUGUUCCAUACUGUUAUGAUCCAAAAUGAUCUCAUGACCAUUUUGUCGUAUUUUAAGGAUAUAGCAUCACUCAAUUCUAGAAUUGAUAACAGACAGUCAGAGGACCUAACUGAUGAUACACAUGUCAUUCUCCAUUUACUUCGACUUCUUUGUGAACCAAAGUCAAUUUUACAACACCAACUUUAUAACAAGAUAAAGUCAAAGACUUCUUAUGCAAUUUCCUUGACAGAAAUAUUAGAGUUUUUCAAAUCAUGUGGUGGAUCCACCAUUUCUCUGGCCGGAUUCUACUACAUCAUCAAAAGAUCAAAUGUGCAUGUCAUCCAAGAGGCUCUACAAAGUGAAUCGGAAGACAGACAAACUAUUGCAGUAGUCAAGAAUAUCUUGAUAAAUGGAGCCAUAAACAUCCAGGCCAAACAUCAAAAAGUCACUGUAUCUGCAGAAUACCUUGACCUCACUCAUAAGAUGUUGGUAACCGUCAGUCCGGAGGAGUUGGAAGCUUUACCUUCACAAUUGUUACUCUCCAGUGGUGUUGCCUUAAAGAACCAAGAUUACAGUCAUGUUGAUGAUUCUCUACCAGAUAACAUUGCCAAACCUGAAGAUAGAGAACGAUACGUUCUUCGUUUCAAUACCAUGUUUGACAAAUGUUUCCAUCUUGCCGAUAUCAUUCAAAAGAUAUGUGAAGCAGGUCAACCUGAUUAUCAAUCAAAGGAUUUCAAGAUUAAUUGUACUCUCAAAGUAAGCGAAUUACUCCAAUUCAUCAAAGAUCAAGAGAGUAUCCUUGAGAGAUGGACAAAGUAUUUCGAUGGGUACAGAGACAAGAAUCCUUUCCUAUCUUUGCUUUCUCGAUCGCAGUUGGUAUCAUGUUUAACUGCUUUCCGUACACAAAAUCUUGAUGUUUUGUUUGCAAUACUUCAAUCGGUUGGUUGUGAUCCUACCUUGAUGAGAGACAAGAUUCAAGUAUCUCUCGAACAAGCAAAGGAUAUCAACAAAGCAUCCGAUCUUUUUAAUAUUUUGGCAAAUUGUUUAGAGACAUUCUUUAGAAUUAAUGAAGUCUCUACAGUUGCUAAUAUACCAACUUUUUAUACUCCACUUUCUGAUGUGAAGAACAAUUAUCAGCUAGUCCGUAUCAAUUCAAAUGAAAAUACUUUUGAAGAAGAAGUUUGUGGAAACCAUAUUGCUCUAAACAAACGUAUUCCAUCGCCAAUUGAAAUUCUCUUCUGCACUCCACAAACUACCGUAGUUGAUAUUGAGGACUUCCUUAAUAGGUGGAUGUUAUUCCCAAAGAUAUGCAACAAUAAGAAUUCUACAUUCUGGAUCAUCAAAAUUGAAGACCUCCCCUAUUCAACACAGACUAGAUGCAUACAGAAGCUAUUCGCACUAAACAAUGAUAUCAAAGGAGACGAUCAUCCCAAACUUUUCUUUGUCACCAAAAGCAAGAGUCAAUCCUACAUUUCCACAAUCCUGGUUAGAAACGAAACAGAAUUGUCAUCUGAUACAUGCUCCGAUCUAUCUAAAUUGAUUUAUCCAUUUGCCAAAUCAUUGAAUAUCAUGGUGGUUCACUCCCCAAGUUGCUCUGAUGGUAAAACAACUAGCUCCAUUCGUAAACUUGUUUGUGGUAAAGCAGAUGAUAAAGGAAGACCUAUACUCCAUGCACAAUUUUCUAUUGAUAUGACACCUAUGGAUGUAAUUUUGAAUCGACUGUUGGCUGCCAGACCAAUCACAUCGGAUCAAGGUAUUGUCAUACACUUUAACAUUAGUCAUCUUGUUAAUCCAAUUGUUGCCAAUCUUUUCCUAUUCCAAUACCUCUUAAUUUCAAGUUGGCGUGAUAGUAAUGGAUUUACAUUCCCUCGUCACGAAAAAGAUACUGUCAUCAUAGAGCUCUCCAAUACUGGUCGCCCAAAUGAAUUAACUCGUAUUCCAAUUUGUCAAUAUUUCAAUAUCUUGCCUCUUGAUCAAGGUAUAUCAUGUACCAGACCAAUUCCUAUUCAGAGUGGAUCAUCGAAUAUCUUGUACAGCUUUAUCGAAGAAAAUGAAAAUGAAAUUGGUACUAAAGUAUUGGUUGCCAUAUUCAAUGCUUUGGAAACGGGAAGAAAGCAACUUCCCUACAUACAAGAAAUCGCUGGAAUUACUAUACCCACACCUAUGAAACUAUUCCAAAUAAUGUCCUCCAUUUCUUGGCAAAACUACUGUCCUUCAGACCACAUGAUGGUGAGAUCAAUCACUGAUCCACCACCCGACAACGGUGUUUGUUUUAAAUGCAAGGGUCCUACAAAUAUUAAUAUUGAACAUUCACAUUGUACAACAUGUAAAACAGUACUUUGUUUCAAUUGCAUGGAGAAGCCAGAGGUUCCUCACACUUCCAUUACAAUGUUCCUUCGCCGAUACUACAGGUUCCUCAUCCCAGUUCUCAAGAACUUCCACUCUUCUUUUUCUGAAAAUUGGAUUUUAGCAAAGAUUGAGGACUAUGACUUUUUGAAAUUGGCAUACCAUUAUGUAUUCAUUAUUCUCAAGUGCACUUAUAGCUUGGCAUUACCAUCAAUGGCUCCAUUUGACUCAACUAAACCAAUGGAUGAUGUCCAAAGAUUUGAGAAAAUGAAAAAGUUUGAAGAUUGGAGAGAGAUUCCAUUUUUUAUUGCCAGUUCCAUUGACUACCACGUCACUUCUUUUGGUAAAUUCUCUCCAUUUCAAUAUAUAAAGGUGAGAGAACCAAUCACCAAAGAUAAUUCUCUUUUCCAUCAAUGGAUUACAAUGGAAGCAUCUCAUAUCUCGACAGACAGAACAAAGCUUCAAGAAAUUUGUUCCCAGAUCAAUAAUUAUCAAUUCUCUGCUGAUCAAAACAAUCCGUUACUUUCAGAUCUCCUCCAAAUCAUUGGUUGUGGAAAUUCAAAGGCUAUGCUUAUCCUCAAUGCAAUUUACUCUUUGAAUUCUAAUAGCAAUUCAAUAGGCACCAAGCCCCUUGACCAAAUCCCAGACAAAGCUCAAUCUGUUUUGGACUCUAUCGAACUAUUCAAAAUUGAUAUGAAGAAAGUCACAUGUACCGAGUUUAUUGCUAAAUGUACUCAAUUUAUAAAUAGUCUAUUUGGAUCCAACAAAGACAAACCCAACUUUAUUCUGACCGCUGACAAUGUACUUCGUAUUUUGGCGGUUCAAUCUCGUUUGAUAGCUGGUGUUCCAAUAUGUAUCAGUGGUGAAACAGGUUGUGGAAAAACAGAAACACUUCAAUUUUUGUCAAAAAUCACUGGUAAAGACUUUUUUAUUAUCAAUGUCCAAGAGGGUUUAUCAGAAGAGGAUUUUUACAAUAUUAUGGUACCUAUUAUUCAAAGAGCAAACAAUCCUGAUGCUCAAAUUAUAGUUGUUCUCGAUGAAGUCAAUACAACAUCUUCUUUGUGGAUAGCAAAGGACCUUUUGAUUGACCAUAUUUGUUUUGGAGUUCGUAUUCCAACCAACAUUGUAUUUGUUACUGUUCUCAACCCAUGGAAAGAGAGAACAGCCAAACAACAAGAAUCCAUUGCCAAGAUGGAUGUUGGAGGACUCGACUUUUUAAAGUAUCAGCAACAAACAAACAAGUCUACAGUUGAAAAUCAACAAACAAGAAGAAAGGAUAUCAAUUUGGUUUACCAAGUACACAAAUCACCAGAGUCUCUCUAUUCAAUUGCUUGGGAUUGGGGAUCUUCCUCAACAACAAACUCUCCAUACAAUGAAAUGGUCAAAAUUAUAGACAAAGAUUUGUUUAUAAACUAUCGAUCAAUCAUCCCAGACGAAUUGAUCAUUGCAUCCAAAAUGGUUGAUUGGUUAAUCAACCAGAUUAAAGAAGUUCAAGAACUUUGUGAUAAUUUUAGAGAUGCAGGUGAUGGUACUUUGGGAAUGAGUUAUUGGAAACACUUUAGAACACUCUUGGUCGAGCUUCUUUUAGAGUCUCAAAAAUUCAUUCGAGAUGAUGUCUAUCACAAAGAAAUUAGUGUUGUGUCUCUCAGAGAGAUGAGAAAAUUCUGUGAAUUGGUUUCAGUUAUCUUUAUUGAAUUUUGGUGCAAGACAAGAGUUCCAUUGCAAAAAGAACUCCUCUCUAAUCCGUUUCCCUACUUUAGAUUCCUCACUAAAUCAGUUCAAAUUGCUUUAGUAAACACAUAUUGUUUGCGUUUAGAUGCAAAGAAUCGUCAGGCUUAUCUAAUUAGAAUUCAAGCUCAUUGGUCUAAGAUUCGAAGUGACUUUAAGAAUCUACAUCCUAAUUUUAUGGAGAGUCCAUCUUCAUUAUCGUCAUCCUAUGAAACCUUAGAGAUGUAUUCAUCAUUCGAUGAGCUUGCAAUGUAUAUUGUCUCUGGAUUGGAUAUUGACAAAGGAUUGGCAGUUAAUCAAGCUUUAAAAGAAAAUAGUUUUGCAAUUCUUUGUUCUGUUAUGACUGGAUCUCCGUUGUUUAUUGUUGGUCGUCCUGGAUCCACCAAGUCGAGAUCUCUUGAACUGUUAAUCAAGGCAACAGAUUCAAAUAGAAGAGAAGGUUCUUUCCUUGGAGACUUGGGUAUUGUUAUUCAAUGUCAUGUGAUACAGUGUUCUCCACAUACAACGGCUCAUCAUAUUCGUACCAAUGCACUUCGAGCUGCUCGUGCCCAAAUUGCAGCAGAUAAAAUUCCAAACUCAACAAUGAGAAGAAUCAAUAUCAUUCUUCUUGAAGAAGUAGGUGCCACUCUUGGAUCUGAACAUAAUCCAUUGAUGUCCCUACAUGGAAUGAUUGACAAUGGUAUAGAGGUGGAUGGAAAAUAUGUUAAACUUCCAAUCAUUGGUGUUUCCAACUACAGACUUGACGCAUCUAAAAUGGGAAGAGGUAGAGUCGUUUAUAGAGGAAAUCCACCCCUAGAGGAUUUGACUCUAACUGCUAUGUCAAUUCUUCGUGAAGUAGGAACUUCCAACCUCAACUCAAGCUGGAUAAAGAAUUUCUCUUUGUCGUUCUCCAACAAUAUCCUGACAAACAAAGAAUUGUCUUGGUACUUCGGAAUGAGAGAUUUCUAUGCCACCGUUAGUACCAUACGUACCCUAACAAUGCCUUUGGAGGUCAAGCAAACUGGUAGAAUCAAAGCUAGAGAAUCUGAAAUCAACUCUCAUAUUACUAGUUGGGCUGUUAUGAUAAAUCUUCGUGGAUUCCCUGAAGAAGAGAAGGAACUUGAAUUAGCCAAUAGUAUUCUAUCUUGUUUUCAAUUGAAAGAUACUGUUUUGGCAACUCAUGAGUGGAGUCAUGAUGGAAGUGAUCCUAUUCCACUGUGUGAUUGCUGCUGUCGUAUGAUGAUGUAUCGUAAGGGUCUAGUAUGGCAAACAAAGAAUCCAGAUAAGGAGUUAAAUAACGAACAACUCUUGAAACUAUUCAAUGAAUCUGCAACUCCACUGUUGGUAUCAAAUUUCUGUAAAUUCUUUGACAAUUCAAACUUGGCAAUCCAUGCACCAGAGGUCAUUAGUUAUUCGCUGAGAGAAACCACAUCUCGUCAUGUAAUGAUCUUUACAAAAGCCAAUGCAGCACUCUUGCUACUUUUCUCAAUGGGAUUAGUCAAAAAGGAACAUUGUACUGUCAUUUUCCAAUGUUCUUCAUCCAAGGACCAAGCAACCACAACAUCAGAAUUGGUCCAACAAAUGAUGCAAAUCAAGGCAUGUAUGAGAGAAGGAAAGACUCUUAUACUUGUAAAGAGUCGUCAUCUCUAUGAAUCAAUGCUCGAUGCACUUAAUGUUCAUUACACUAAGGAUACCAGUGGAAUGGAAGGUGUAGUCCACCACAAAACCAUGUUGUCAAUGGCUGGUAUCACUCAAUCUGUAUUUGUUCAACCAAGUUUCAGAUGUAUCAUUUUGGAAGAUCAACAAGAACUAAAUUCAAGUGUACUCCCGCCAAUGAUCAAUCGUUUCUCAAAGACAGUGCUAACAUUUGAAAGUGCACUCACUCCGCAACAACGUAAAACUAAAUCCAACAUUCUUAAAGAUUGUGAGAUUUCAGUUGGUGACCAAAAGUUGAAUUUACUUGAAUUCCUCAUUACUGGACUAAAUGAACAAUCAUUUGAUUCUAUUAUCUAUGCCUUUGGUUCACAAGAUGAAGUGAUCAGUCGUCUUAAUUAUUGUUUUUCAAGAAAGAAUCUACGUCGUCUAUCACUCAGAUUGGUGGAAGGAUUCUCCCCAGAUACUUUAAAAAUUCGACUCAACUACUGGAAUGAGAUGUGGAAAUACAAUAAUUGUGAUGUCUCAUUUGAAAAAAUGGCAACUGAAAUUAUGUCAAAGGAAAACAAACCCCAACAACAUCUUAUGGUUAUCACAGAACAGAUUCAUUUGAAUCAAGAAUCACUUUUCAAACAAUUUGAAAAGAUUUUUACAAAGCUGGACAAUACCCAUAAAGUGUUCCAUAACAGUGAAACAACCAUUCUCAACCAAACAAAUAGUGUUGAUAUUUCAUCUGUACUUUCUACACUUAAGAGAACUGAUGUUAGUCAACAAAGUUCAAUGGCCAUCUUUAUCCUCGAUACCAAUUCAUCAUCACAAUCUAUCCAACUAGAUUCAUUUAUGUAUGCUGUUUCUUCUGAAACAUUCCAACCACAUCAACACGUUGUGCUCAUUGUUGUUGUUGAGGACGAGAUCUCUUCUUCCACUUCCAAGUCAUCAUCCUCGCAAUUCUCAAUGGUAUUCGAUGCAGCUUGGUGUCAGAUCUAUGUUGACGAAGUUAUUCCUCGUCCAAUUGGAAAUAGAGAAAAAAUUAUUACCUCCUCAUUACUCAAUGAAUUGGAAAAGGAUAAACUAUUUUUACAUGAAGUACUCACUCCAGAAUUGAUUAUUGAACUUGCCACCAUUCCUGAUAAUUUGACUACUCUUUGUCAAUCGAUUGGAACAUCCUCUACAGUUACUCAAAGCAUUGAUUUUGUUAAAAGUAUUUUAUUAAACGAAUCACUUUUAAGAGACAAAAUCAUAGAGAAAAUGGUAUGGUACAUCAAACAAUCAGAGAUUACCUUGGAGAAAUGGAGUACUCUGGCUUUCCAAAAAGCAAGAUAUUCAUCGGACUCUUUGAGAUCUAUAUACCUAGAUUAUCUCGGACCAUUUAUCAUAAGAGUUCUCCAUCAUAUAUUCUCAGUGAUAAUUCAGUUCCAAUCGCUUCAACUUUUGGAAAAGUUUGAAUCAUGUCAGAUUCUUUAUUCUUUGCUAGAUUGUGAAGAAAUAUUCCCCAAGUGUAAUAUCAAUGACUGUCUAUCUCUUGUUCCAUUGAAAAACUCUCAAUCAAACAUAGAGUCGAAAGGUGGAUACUUCCUCUUCCCAGUCACAUCUAGACACCAAACAGGAGCUACCAAAGUUACAUUCCCACUUUCUCCAUUUGUUUUUAUCUAUCUCUUCAAUCUUUCCUUAGCCAAAGAUAUUGAAGGGGUUGAACAAUUCAUCAAGAAUACUAAACUUGAAAAGAUAUCAAAGGAAGCAAAAAAUAAAUACUUUACCGAUGUAAUUGGACUUGGAACUACUGUACCUCCAUCGAAUAUUCAACUUCUCAAAAAGUUGAUUUUAAUUUUCCAUCCAGAAGCAUUAGACAGUAUUUUAGAUUUCCAUAGAUUCCUCUUUGAUAAUCUAGAUUGGUUCAAUUCUGUUGUAACUUUAAGUAGUCAGCAAUUCGAUAUCAAAAAAAUUGAUAGUUUCAAUGGCUCUUCUGCUCAUGACAUACUUGAUUUGGUUAGAUUGGGUGGUAUUGUUCCAUUGAAUAGAAUCGAUAUGGUUGACAAGAUCACAAAGAAUGAUAAAUCCAUUGAUUGGAGGAUUAUUAAAGCAAUUGCAAUGGCUAACUCUGCCAUUGAAAAUUCCAAUAUUCUCCUUGUUGAACUUGAAAACACUUUUAAAGUUGACGAAACCAAAGGAAUAAUUUCACUAUUCCAAGAAAAGAAUUCAAAGUUUAUCAAAUACUUCUUUUUCGAGUUGUUUGGAAAUGAAAACCUAGGAAAUGAAGAACUCAUCACCAUUAUUCUUUCUCAAAUUUCCAAGGAUCCAUCGAUAUCUGAUCUUGUAGAUAAACAUGAAGAUACCAAAUGUGGAAUGGCUUUCUUGUUCAGAUAUGCAUUCACCCAUGUGUUGACCCAUCCGGAACCAUCUAAAACUGAAAUUUUUAAAGAAAUUUCUAAAUUCAUGGAUGAAUCACUUCCCCAAUACACAUUGCUAUCUCACUGCUUAAUUGAUGUUCUCUUCAGUGAGAAUAUAGUCCGUUCCAUCAGCAAAGAGUAUCUUCAUCUAUUUAAAGAAUACUCUCCACUCUGCUCUUUUAUCCGUGCAAAUAUUUUGGUUGCCAUUUUGUUGGAGAUUAUGGACAUUGAUGUCACCGCCAAAGCAGUGAUGUAUCAUCCUCUCAUUGAAGAACUUCUCUUGAUUGAUCCUCAUCUACAACGUGAAAUGGCUCUUUUUAUUCUUCGUAGUUACAGCAAUGGAGGUACUGCUGACAUAGAGAAAGCUAUCCAAAUCAUUACAAACCCAAAGAUUCCAGUAUCAAUUUCGAAUCAACCAGUUGUAGAAGACAUCAAGAGAGCUUUACAAAAGGUAUCCAAUCUAUCAACGUUUACAAACUUUAGUGAAUCUAUCACCGCCUUGGUGUCAUACGCUCAAUCGAAAUCAAAUGAAACCCUCAAUCAAUUCUCAACAUCACUCCAUCUCAAUGGAAGAAUUGCAUCUAUUUCCUCAUUCAUAAUGAAUGUUGAACCACAGAAUAUCGACAACUUUGUUACAAGUAUACUCCCUCAAGUAUCUUCCCAUUUGUCAAAUGAUAUUAAAACAACUCUAAACACCUUGAUAAAUUCAAGAAACUCCUUUGUUAACUUUAAUCAAAGGGAAAUGGUUACAUCUUUCUUUGUAUACAUGCUUACUGGAUGUAACCCAAUGGUUUAUUGUCAGGAAUUUGUUCAAUCUCUUUUGAAUGAAAAAGUGGAAAUAAGAAGAAAUCGUCUUAUUAUUGAAGAUUUCAUGGUACCAAAAUGUCCUCGUCCAACCUGUCAGAAGGCAUUUAUUGAUUGGGCAGGAUGUUUCUCAGUUUAUUGUACAUGUGGUUGUAGUUUCUGUGGCCAUUGUCUCUUGGAUUGUGGAACUGAUGCACAUGCACAUGUUCGAUCAGCUCAUGGAACCUAUUGGGGAACACAUGAACAAUUCUGUCGUGGAUUUGGAGCGAUGGCUGCAAAUAAAAUUAAGAACCAUUUGCAAAUUAUAAGACCUGACUUACGCCCCCUACUAGAGGCUGAACUACCUCAAAUUCUCAAAGGAAAUUUAUUUUAUAUUCAAAUAAAUCAAUGUAUCACUCAAACUGGCAGACAAGAUAUCAAGAAUUUGAUUUUCACAAACUCAACCACUGAUGCCAGUACCUAUAAUUAUAUUCAAGCUAUUUUCUGGAAACUUUCAACUGCCAACUUUGUAAAAGUUGAUAAACAAUCCAUCACCAACCAAUUGAAUCAGAUUUGCAUGGAAAUAACACCAAAUGCAUUAUUGGUGGAACUUGAUAAUCAUUGUAGAACAGGCCGAACUGACAUCCUCAAAGAACUCCAAGUUACAGAAGCUAUUCUAUUAAAGAGUCCAAAAGCAGACAUUGAUAAAACUAAACUCUCACUUUUAGGACUAUCAAGAGGAAUUUUCACAGAGCAUCAAAUCUUGGAACAUGUAAAGGCAAAUCAUGAUACCUACCCAAUUCUCAACUUGCUUAAGGUAAAUCAAAACAAUAUUAACAGUGGUUCAUUCGAUCAACAAAUGAAAAUAAUCAACUUCUUGGGAAGACUACAAGAUGAAGCGAGAAAGGCUGGUGUUACAAGAGCAUAUGCAUCUACAGAAGGUUCAUUUUCAAAGCUCGUUAAAGACUCAGGUUUGGAACCAUAUCUAAACGAAUUCUCUGAAAAUUUCUCAGCAAUUCUCAAACAAGUUACCAACUGGCAAUGUAAAGACACUAUUCAAAAUCUUUUUGGUCACAUGGUUGAUAAGAUACCAGAUGAUGCAUCACUUGAAUGCUUCCUUCCACAACUUAAAGGCGUUGGAAUACUACCAAUGAGCUUGUGGUCUGGAUUCUCAAAGAAUUACAACGGUAUAUCUCAAGUCCAAAACGAUUUGUAUAUCGCAAUUCACGGACAAAAUGCACCAAGAAUUGCUGGAAGUCCUUAUAAAUUGACUGAUGAAAAUUUGAUAAAUAUUCAAGUGAAUCCAAUCGACUUGAUUAACCAGUUGUUUGUAGUUCCCGGAUUUUUCCCUUCACUCUCCAAAGAUCUUUUUGUCAUUGAAGAUCUAUGUAAAUAUGGUGGACCACGACUUGCCUCACUACCAUAUAUAGCUCCAGAACUUCCUGAAUUUGACUAUGGUUUGGAAGGUAUUGGUGAUCUAUUCAGUAAAAUUGAAACUAGAUUGACCAGAUCUGGUAGAAUGUUCAAAGUAUUGCCAGCCGGACUAUUAUGUAAAGUCAAAGGUAUAUUUGACGAGUCCAUUCAUACCAAAGAGUUGAUCUACUCAUUCUGUUGUGCUGUACUUGUAUACCUCAGUGGUGCUGAAGAUGAAACCCCUCUAGGUAAAGAGAUAUCAAAGAUCAAUAUCGAUAUGCCAUUGACCGAAGAUCAAAGACAAGGAAGGGAAAUCUUGUUUGAAUUGCCAUCUGCUCGUACUGGUUUCUUGGUAGAACACAUUCCAGCGAUGAUGGGACUUUGCUGGAGCAUUAAGAAUCUUCACCCAUCUGCCAAUAUUCCAGUGGAUAAUGAAACACUUUUAGAAAUUCAGAACACUCUAACUACCAUCGCCAAUACACCAAAGUAUCAGCCAGAGAUACAGAGUAUCCUGGCAUCGAUCAGAACUGCAGGUUGUAACCACUUUAUGGGAGAAUUAAAUGCAGCAUGUGCAAAUACACCACUCCAGUACUACUUGAAUAUUAUACCAGUGUUUGAAGACGAUGAGGACAUGUUAGAAAGACAUCCGUUUAUGACAUCUACCAAACACUUUGGUGCUAUCCUAAAUCAAGCAGAGAUUAUCCUUGGUCCAAAAGAAAUCGAUACCAAUGCAGCAGAUGAGAAAGACCUGGUAGUUCCAUUAUCAGCAAUAAGAAAGUAUCUUAAAAAGAAUGUAAUUGAACAGCCAAAUGUCUCUAAGCAAUCAAUUCCCAAUGAUAAACAAACUCCUAUAAUUCUAAACAACACCAAUAUAAAUAAUAAUAAUAAUAAUAAUAAUAAUAAUAAUAAUAAUAAUAUCAACAAAAAAGGAAUAUCAAUUUCUUCCAAUUCAGCAAUGAAGGAAUUAGAAUUAGAUUUUUAA